AUGUCAACAUCCUACAUACUAAUCAAAGGAGCAACCAUCCCAGUCGAAUUCAACACCAACCCCUUACCCAACCACGACAUCCUAAUCGAAAACGAGCACAUCAAAGCAAUCGGCCCUAAUCCCUCGCCCCCAGACAACACCAACAUCACCACAAUUGACGCCCAAAAUCAUGAUAGUGCGAGGGCUGGAGAGGAUGAUGCAGUUCGCAUGCGAAAGCAAUAUCUCCAAGGUAAUGAUCCGACAAACGCCCUUUUAACCUUUGGAAUUGUACCAAAUGAACCAGACGCCCAUUCAAUCGAUACGAAGAUCGCAGAACUGCGCAAAUCAAGAGAGAUAGGAGCCCGACUGAUAACCCUCCACAUCGCCCUAGGCCAUUACGACAUAUUUCACCAAUGCACAAUCCAGAAACUCGCCGAUGCGAACCUCCUAGUACCAUAUCUGGUAUAUAGCCAUGACGCUUCGAUGACAGAUAGCGAAUUGGGUGCGAUACGAGAAUCCGGAGCUGGGAUCGUGAGCACGCCUGAUACAGAGAUGCAAAUGGGGACGGAGGAUCCGGGGAGUUUGGUGUUCAGGGCAGGGGAUAUGGGGUGUCGGGUUGGGUUGGAGUUGGAUAUUACGUCGAAUCAGGGGUGUGAUGUUUUGGUGCAGAUGAGGCUUCCGUUGCAAAUGCAGAGGGCGCUGGAGAAGACGAAAAAUGAGUCCGGGCCUCCGAUUAAACUCAUACUCAAUCGGUUCCCAUUACUCCCGGGGGAAAAAGCCGAUCUUAUGAUGUUUCGCUGCGAUGAUAUCGGUACCACAUCUGUUGUGGAUCCCGUGGGAACGGUGGUGUUUCAUGCGUCUGUGAAACAGAUCGAUACGGUGUUGAUUAAUGGGAGGGCUGUUAAGCGUGGUGGGGAGCUUGUUGGUGUGGAUUAUACGGGUUUGUGUGGUGAGGUGCAGGGUAGGUCUGAACGGCAUAGGAGGGAGGCGGGGGGUGUGGAUAUCAAAUGGGCAGGGGAGUUUUGGAGGGGUUGUCUAGAGGGCAGUAGCUCUCACAAGUGCGUUGAUGAAAAGAUAGAUUAA